ACAAGUUCUUCCUCUACGUCACUUCCGGAUUGGCGGGGGAUUCGAACGUUCCGCGCUCUUCUCGACUGAAGGCGGUUUUCGGUCGGCGCGCGAGUGGCUUGAGAUGUCGGCGACACGGAACCGGAGCCGCAGCCGCUCCGGGGCCGCGGGGGAGCGAGGAGGGGGUGGGACGAGGCGCUCUGACCCCGCGUCCCCGCCCCUGCAGGCUCCUGCCCUGCGUAGGUCCCAGCGGAAAUCGGGACCGGAGCCUGACGCCCCUCCCCAGCCUGCAACGCCUGUGCCCUGGAAAGCCUUCUCUCUGAGGAAGAUAGGGCCCCGCCCACCCGCGGUGAAGAGUGGACCAGAGACCCCCGCGAAGGGGAGGGAGCCCGGGACCCCUGAGGCCCCCUCCCCUGGAGUCCAGAAGUCCAUCCCAGCGAAGAGGAGCGCACCCCAGACUCCUGUAGGGAGAAGUGCACCCCAGACCCCUGCGGAGAGAAGUGCACCCCAGAUCCCCGCGAAAAGGAGUGAGUCUCAGGUCCCAGCCAAGAGGAGUGCUCCCCGGACCCCUGCAGAGAGAAGUGCACCCCAGACCCCUGCGGAGAAAAGUGCACCCCAGACCCCUGCAGAGAGAAGUGCACCCCAGGCCUCUGCAGAGAAAAGUGCACCCCAGACCUCUGCAGAGAGAAUUGGACCCCAGGCCUCUGCAGAGAAGAGUCCACCCCAGAUCCCCGCGAAAAGGAGUGAGUCCCGGGUCCCAGCCAAGAGGAGUGCUCCCCGGACCCCUGCAGAGAGAAGCGCACCCCAGACCUCUGCGGAGAGGAGUGCACCCCAGACCCCGGCAGAAAGGAGCACUCCUGGGACUUCCAUCGAGAAGGGUGCACCCGGCUCCCGGGCUAAGAGAAGUGGCCCCCAGAUUCCCGCAGAGAGGAGUGUGCCCCGGACCCCCAAGGGCGCCCCGCCUGUAGCCAGAAGGGCCAUCUCAGUGAAGAAGCUGGUGGCCAGGACCCCGGAGUCACAGAGUCCUGCUUCCCAGGGCGGCCGGUCUGCGACCAAGAGGAAGGUGUCCCCGUCUGCGGAGGUUACGCUUUCGGAGAAGGAGAACUCGCCCCCUCUGCAGGAAAACGUCCCCCUCCACAAAGGCGGGUCUUCUCUGACCGCAGGCCCAGCUCCAGAAGUGACCCCCACAGUGUUAAGCCCUCUGACCCCUAAUGCCGUCGCUGGGCCACCACUCAUGGAUGCCAGAGACCUGGAGAUGUCCAGGAAAGUUCGGCGUUCUUACAGCCGCCUCGAUGAGCUGGGCUUGGGCUCUACCUCGACACCCAACUACCGGCGCCGUUCCUUCUUUGGCUUUGAAAGGCUGCUCUCAGGAGAGGAGCUGGAGAACGUCUCCCCAGUGGUGAAGGAGCCGAAACAACCAGCAGUCGCCCCCAGCACGGAGGCCUGGGGGCCGGACUCCAUCCUCCCCGGCAUCCCCAUGACCAAGGAGAAGCGCCGGAAGAGGAAGGUGCCCGAGAUCCUGAAGUCAGAGCUGGAUGAGUGGGCCGCCGCCAUGAACGCCCAGUUUGAGGCUGCCGAGAAGUUUGAUCUCCUGGUGGAGUGAGGUGGACGAAGAGGAUCUCUGGACUGGAUCACUCCCUCCCUGUACAUAGUGUUCCUUUGUUCACCCCUUUCUAGCACCGGACUGCCCUGGUUUGCCCUUCUCCUGCGGGGCGUUGGCACCUGCCCUGUGGGUCCCUGUGCCCUGUGGGCACCCGCCAGGCUGCCGGGGUGGGGGCGUCGCCGAGGACUGGCUUUUCUCAGCCGUGCAGAUGGUGCUUGGGCACAUCCCGGUGUCUUUGGAUUUCUCGAGGUGCCUCAUUUCCUCUUUCCCAGGUUUUAGCCAGAAAGAAUUAAGGUGGAGGUGGCCGGAAGGCGGCUGUCUGGAAAGGGAGCAAGGGGGGGGGGGGGUGGAGUGGGUCCCCCCCUGCCCCUGCUGCAGAGCCGCUUCCUCCAGCUUUCCUGUGGCCGGGAAGGCCCUGUUGUUCCUGGGAGGAAGGAGCGGGUCACCCAGCCGGGGCCUGUCUGCGCAUUUAUUUUGAGGGCUUCCUCCCCCAGGGUGCCCCGGCUGCUGAGGUCAGCAGGCACAAGGGGGCGGCGUUGUGCUCCCCUCCAGGACCAGCCCCUGCUGGUUCCUUCUGAAGAGACAGUUAGUAAACCGAUGGACAGAGGCACUGGGUCGAGCUGAAUCACCCCGACCCCUCUUAGAUGACCCUUAGGAGGGUCUGCGGUGUCCCAGAAGUACAAGGGAGGGCGAGGUGAUUGGAAGUCUCCCGCUGACCACCAGGUGGCACUGCUUGCUCCUCCGGAUGACCUUGUGGGCUCAGCCUUGGGGGGGCGGGGGGAGGGGAGAGAGGUCAAACAGAUGGACCCAAAUGAAGAGUAUUGACGAUUUGCUUUACCCUGUGAAAUGUUUCCCAGUUAUUUUUUAAUCUGGCUUGUAGUUCGGUGAAUCAGUGUGGUCUCUGGCCAAACCCGACUUCAGAUCAAGAGGAGGAUGCGCCACAGCUGGGCUGCAGGGUCUGCCAGGGCCAGGGGUGCCUGGAGGCACCAGGGCUGGUCCCCAAGCCCAGCUCGGGCAUCUCCUGCCUCUCCAAUCAUGUGAGGCUCAGCACGGACAGGUCUGUCUGCAGGAACAAGGCCAGCCCCGAAGUGCGGCUUGGCCCUUGGCGAAGGGUCCCCACGCACCAUCAACCCAGAGGGGAGGCAGCUGGGGAGGGGAGCCGGGUCACGGCACUGCUGGUGCCCGCAGCGCCCAGGCCAGAGGCGAGAAGCAGUCAUUAGAGACUUCAGUAAGGACUCUCCUUCCCCAGCAGGGGCCCGGUGUUGUAAUCAUCAGGAAAAGGUGGAGGUUUUGUUUUAAAAGCUGAAUAAACUGCUUCCUUCCA